GGCGCAGCCGGGCCUGCGCCGGGCUCGGGGUCGGGCGGCGGCGCGGCCGCGGGCGAGUCGUGGUACCUGGCGCUGCUGGGCCUGGCCGAGCAUUUCCGCACGUCCAGCCCGCCCAAGGUGCGGCUGUGCGUGCACUGCCUGCAGGCCGUGCUGCCCCGCAAGCCCCCGGCCCGCAUGGAAGCCCGCACGCACCUGCAGCUCGGCUCCGUCCUCUACCACCACACCCGCAACGGCGACCAGGCCCGCGGGCACCUGGAGAAGGCGUGGCUGAUAUCCCAGCAGAUCCCCCAGUUUGAAGAUGUGAAGUUUGAGGCAGCCAGUUUGCUGUCAGAGCUCUACUGCCAGGAGAAUUCCGUGGACACGGCCAAGCCCCUGCUGCGCAAAGCCAUCCAGAUCUCCCAGCAGACUCCCUACUGGCACUGCAGGCUGCUCUUCCAGCUGGCUCAACUGCACACGCUGGAGAAGGAUUUGGUGUCGGCCUGUGACCUGCUGGGCGUGGGGGCAGAGUACGCGCGCGUGGUGGGCUCCGAGUACACCAGAGCCCUGUUUCUGCUCAGCAAGGGGAUGCUGCUGCUGAUGGAGAGGAAGCUGCAGGAGGUUCACCCGCUGCUGACGCUGUGUGGGCAGAUCGUGGAGAACUGGCAGGGCAAUCCCAUCCAGAAGGAAUCCCUCAGGGUCUUCUUCCUGGUCCUGCAGGUCACACAUUACCUGGAUGCCGGCCAGGUGAAGAGCGUGAAGCCGUGCCUGAAGCAGCUGCAGCAGUGCAUCCAAACCAUCUCCACCCUGCACGACGACGAGAUCCUGCCCAGCAACCCCGCCGACCUCUUCCACUGGCUGCCCAAGGAGCACAUGUGUGUGCUGGUCUACCUGGUGACAGUGAUGCAUUCCAUGCAGGCAGGCUACCUGGAGAAGGCUCAGAAGUACACGGACAAAGCCCUCAUGCAGCUGGAGAAGCUCAAAAUGCUGGACUGCAGCCCCAUCCUGUCCUCAUUCCAAGUGAUUUUGUUGGAACACAUCAUCAUGUGCAGGCUGGUCACAGGACACAAAGCCACAGCCCUGCAGGAGAUCUCCCAGGUGUGCCAGCUGUGCCAGCAGUCUCCCAGGCUCUUCUCCAACCACGCUGCCCAGCUGCACACGCUCCUGGGUCUCUACUGCAUCUCUGUCAACUGCAUGGAUAAUGCAGAAGCACAAUUCACUACAGCACUGAGGCUCACAACCCACCAGGAGCUGUGGGCGUUCAUUGUCACCAACCUGGCCAGCGUCUACAUCCGGGAGGGGAAUCGGCACCAGGAGCUCUACAGUUUAUUGGAAAGGAUAAACCCCGACCACAACUUCCCAGUGAGUUCCCACUGUCUGCGGGCUGCAGCCUUCUACAUCCGAGGGCUCUUCUCCUUUUUCCAGGGAAGAUACAACGAGGCCAAGCGUUUUUUGCGGGAGACGCUGAAGAUGUCGAACGCCGAGGACCUGAACCGCCUGACCGCCUGCUCGCUGGUGCUGCUGGGCCACAUCUUCUACGUGCUGGGCAACCACAGGGAAAGCAACAACAUGGUGGUGCCAGCCAUGCAGCUGGCCAGCAAGAUCCCAGACAUGUCCGUGCAGCUCUGGUCCUCUGCCCUGCUCCGGGACCUGAACAAGGCGUGUGGCAAUGCCAUGGAUGCCCACGAGGCCGCCCAGAUGCACCAGAACUUCUCCCAGCAGCUGCUCCAGGACCACAUCGAGGCCUGCAGCCUCCCCGAGCACAACCUGAUCACGUGGACGGAUGGACCCCCCCCAGUCCAAUUCCAGGCCCAGAACGGCCCCACCACCAGCCUGGCCAGUCUGCUGUGAAUUCCAAGAAAACUCCAGGAAAAUUCCUGGAAAAAAAAAAACAAAACAAAAAAACUCCAGGAUAUCCACCAACAACAUCCCAGGAGGAGAGGGGGAAAAAAACAAACAAACAAACAAAAAAGGCGUCAAAAACUUGGGAAAAGAAACAAAAAAAAAUCCAUGGAAAAGCUUCAGAAUUCCCUCUGGUAGUGAGAAAAAUCCAGGAAUUUUCCAGGGAUUCCCAGAGCCUCCGGAGCUGCUUUUCCAGGUGGGAAUAUCCAGGUGAAUCCCAAGGUUUGAUCCUGCAGGGAAUUGCCAGGAAAAGCUGGGAAUCCUCGGGGAUGAAGAAAUCAUGGAUUGGAUUCCCAGCUGGAAUUCCCCCGAGGGGAAAUUCCCAUUUUUUUUGGGAAGGAGGAAUUCCAGGGUUUUUUGGGAUGUCCCUCCCGCAGCCACAGCUCUCCCUCACGCCUUUGGGAUUGGGGGGAAAAAAAAAUCCGGAGUUUUCCUGCUGAUCCCAAAUUUUUUCCAGGCUGAAGGCACCACCUGUGCCUUAAGGAUUCCCAAAUCUUGGGAAUAAAUCCCAACCCAGAGGUUUGGGAUGGAAUUCCAGCCCUGCCCUCGGCAUAAAAUUCCCUUUUCCAGAUUAAAUUCUCUGGUUUUAGCCCAGUUGAUUUUGGAUUUCCCAGAAAUCUGGGAAUGCUGAAUCCCAGGAAAACAAAAGCUGGAAGUUUUUUUCCAGGAUCCCAGCAGUGCCUGGGGUGGAAAUGAGUUGUUUUUCCCAGUUGGAAUUUCUCCAGAUUUUUGGGAAAGGGGGAAGGAAAAGAACUCUGGAAUUUUUGGAGAGAAAAAAAAACCAAAGUCCUGAAACUGUCAGAGAUUUUUGGGAAUUUUUUAAUCCCACUUGGAUGGUAAGGAACCUUAAAAUUCCCUCAUUCCCAUCAUCUUUCCUUCCCAAAUCCCCUUUUUUUUUUCCAGAGCAUGGAAUUUUUUCCACCCAAAUUCCUCAAUUUUUUUUUCCCUCUGGAAUUCAUUCCAGGGAUGAGAUUUUUUUUUUAUCCCAUUCCCAAAAACUUGCAUUUUCCAGGGUUUUUUUAAUAUGGAAAUCCUGGUCCUAAGUCUGCAAAGGACCUGGAAGUUUUGGGGAUUGAGGAUUGAGAGUUUUUAUUCUGGAAUUUUUUGGGGGAUUAAGGAAAAUCCUUAGUGCCACUGGAACUCA